AUGUCUUCACAUAGAGUUGUCCAUCGGCUUCUUUGGUUCCUCGUCACGACGGUUUUUGCUCUAACUAGCGUCUUUCUUUAUGAAAAAUUGCAAGACGUUUUAAGUCACCCGAGUUCUGUGUAUCAUUACACACUCGUCCAGUCGCUACACAACUCCACGAAAUCCGACGAUAUUUACUCACAGCUCAGUCGCCAGGCGCUGGAUAUCUCACACGAUAUCUGGCUAAUGAGCCGGUCGGCCAGGGACUCCAAGGAAUUCCGGUCUCAGCUUGAGGACAUGUCGAUUCAACUAGAGGCUCGUAUCUCAGUGAUGGAUCGAAUAAGCGGCGAGUCUGAACGGCGGCGCAUUCAACUUAUUCGCCUCGCAGAACUCCUCGAACGCCAGUUAGACAGACUUCAAAACCCUCCCGACUGCGGCAAAGCCAAAUUCAUCGUUACAGACCUUCCAUAUUGCGGUUUUGGUUGUCAGGUGCAUCAUGUUGCCUUGUGCCUGCAGUUGGCGUACGCCCACAAUCGGACACUCUUCGUGAACGGCCAGAACUGGUUUGACAUCUUCUAUCCAGUCACUAACUGCUCAAAUCCCGGCCCUGAUGCAACUUACCAGCCCAUUGUAAAAGUUGGUGUGUCCGCUGGACCCUCUGCGCCACCGGGCCUCACGAAAACCUGGGCGGAUGCGCUGCGACACCUUCAUGGUUCCCCCUAUGCCUGGUUUCGAGGUCAUCUCGUCAGAUUCAUUCUCAGAUUUAAACCCACCACCUUCCGAAAGCAACUGUUUGCUGGACUCGAAAGUGCCCAUUCAAUGCCCCUCGUUGGUGUUCACGUCCGGCGAACCGACAAGAUCAUUUCUGAGGCCAAAGCCUAUCCUAUUUCACGCUACAUGGAGAAGGUGGAAUGGGCUUACCGUAAACUCCAGAUCGAAGAAGAGCUGUUUCCUCUUGGACAGCGACUAGAAAAGAAGGUGUUCUUGGCGUCCGACGACGCAAGAGUCUUUAGCGAGGCCCGAGAUCUCUACCCAUCCUUCACUUUUAUCGGUGAUGAAAACCGCGGAAAAAGCUACUGGACGAGGAAUCUACGCCGAGGUGUUCAGAACGUAGUCUUCGAUGUAUUCAGUCUGGCAAACUGUGAUUACGUUGUCUGCACAUUUUCGUCAAACGUCUGUCGUCUAGUCUAUGAGCUGCUGCUGACGGAUGUUAGGGUUCACGGCGACAGGUCGGCACACGUGAAAUCUGUUGAUGAGCCAUACUUCAUGCACGGGCAGCAACGACGCUCUUGGAGGGUCCUGUCAGACAUUCCUGGAGGUGGUAUUAAACAAGGCGACAACGUUACUGUGUCAAGGAACCUCUGGAACGGCUCUAUUGUCACUGACCGGGGCAUAAUUUUGCCGGCGUAUCUUGUGCAGGAGAACAUCCCACUGCUUCCUCCAGACUGA